AUGCACUUUCCACAUCAAGCAGUCAAGGAAGUCUUCCAGGCACUCCUACACGCACUGUUUUUCCCGUUGCGAUGGGAUACUGGAGCGGGCUCGACCAAUGUGCUCUGCUACACGAAGCCCAUUUCCCCACCUGUGGUGACACCAGGUGGUGACAGUUUGUUGGCAGUCGAGGCAUCUCAACACAUCGGCAGAUAUGUUAAUAUCACGGAAGCUGGUGGUCGGCCUCUGCUGGAACGAGAUGGCACCAGUUCCCCUCGCCCACUUAACUAUGCAGAAGUUGGUGUAGGCUCUGAGCCGGAAACGAGUUUCCGAGCAGGUGUUCUUCUGUUGGUCAACGUACUGAUAUUGAAAAUGGUGCAGUGA